AUGUUCACCCUUUCCCUGCAAAUGGUUGCCUGUCUGGUCGGCGUCUUGUCGAUGGCCACUGCAUCACCGUGCACCACCAAAGCAGUCACCGGCUGCCACAAGGCCCUCCCGUACGGCCAGUCUCGCGGUGCUGUCACCAACGCCAGCAUCACCAGCAAUGGCCUGGACCGCAACUACCUGGUGUUUGUGCCGCCCAACUACGAAAACAAAAAGCCCACACAGGUCAUCCUGUCGUUCCACGGGGGCACCAAGACCGCUCUGCAGCAGCUGGAGCUCGACAAUCUGACGCUGCCCGAGUUCAACACCGACUCCAUUGUGGUCUAUCCGCAGGGCAUCAACAACUUUUGGCAGGGCGUGCCGGGCGUCACCGUGGACGAUGUGCAGUUUACGAGCGACCUGCUCGACCACGUGUCCCGACAAUACUGUGUGGACACGCGGCGCAUCAUGGUCACCGGCAAGUCGGACGGCGCCGGGUUCUGCAACGUGCUGGCCUGCGAUGCCGGUCUGUCCGCGCGGAUUGCCGCCUUUGCCCCCGUGUCGGGUGCCUACUACGUGGACACGCUGCCCUGCGACGCCGACACGGUCGCGAUCCCCUGCAACAAUGCGCGCCGCGACAUUCCCCUCCUGGCGUUCCACGGCGGCGCGGACACCGUCAUUGCGUACGGCGGCGGCGAGCGAAAGAAGGCGUGUCUGCCGUCGGUGCCGCACUGGAUCCAGUCGUGGGCGGCGCGGGAGAACUUGGGAGCGAGCAACCACACGGUGCCGUACGCCCAGGACACGGUCAUCUACGAGUUCAGCCGUGGGACCCAGAAAGGCCUGGUCAACCUGGUCUACGACAGGGUCAAUGGUCACGACUGGCCGAGCACGCAGCCGAACGCCGACAACCAAAAUGCCGGCCAAGCACCCACGAGCUUCAACGCGACGCCCAUGAUUCUGGACUUUUUUGCCAAGCACACAUUGACAGACUUGUGA